CAGCAGAACCAAGCCGAGCAGAGCCAGUCUGCGCCGAGUCCUCAGCCCAGCCGUCCCAUUCAGACAGGACAGGCUCAACGAUGACCUCUUAGCGCAUCUUUACCCAUCCGAUAAAAAAACAAAAACCUGAAACCUUUAUUUGAGGCUUUUUACGUAGAGCUCAUCGACACCAUGGACUCUACAGUUCUGAGGACCGAUGUUUGGAUCUGCCUGCUGCUUCUAAUCAGCCACAUAGUUCUGGCAGUGGAACCAGUGGCCCAAGGCCCGGAGAAGAAGCUCCCUGAAGAUAUGAACUGGUCCUACUCAGGUAGCCUGAACCCUCAGACCUGGGGGAAGAGUUACUCGUCCUGCAAUGGUGCCCGGCAGUCUCCUGUGGACAUCGACGAGAUGUUUACUCAGGUCAGGAUGCAGUUCCAGAACCUACAGCUAGAGGGCUGGCACAUAUCGACCACAAAGUCCACCACCAUCCAAAACAAUGGGAAGACUGUGGUCAUCGACAUGGAAGGGGACUACUUUGUAAGUGGAGGAGGGCUGAGCUCCCGGUUUCGUGUAUCCAGACUCAGCUUCCAUUGGGGACGCUGCAAUGCAACAUCUGAUGGGUCUGAACACAGCUUGAAUGGGAUGAAAUAUCCCCUGGAGAUGCAGAUCUACUGUUACAAUCCCAAUGAAUUUGAAAGUUUAGACGAUGCAAUUGACAAGGGAGGAAGGGUUGCUGCCUUGGCUGUUCUCUUUGAGGUGAGCCUGGAGGACAAUGAGAACUUCAGUCCUAUUGUGGAAGCAAUCAAUGGUGUGAGCAGAUUUGGUAAGAGUGGAUCAGUGGACGCUUUCACCUUGAGAUCCCUCCUGCCUAACAUCACCGAUAAGUACUACAUCUACAACGGGUCGCUGACCACUCCUCCCUGCUCUGAACCUGUAGAAUGGAUUGUCUUCAAACACACCGUUGCCAUAUCAGAAGCACAGCUGGUGGUGUUUUGCGAGGUGAUGACCAUGGAGCAGGCCGGGUAUGUGAUGCUCACGGAUUACCUGCAGAACAACUUCAGGGAGCAGCAGCAGCAGCAGUUUAUGGGGCAGGUGUUUGCCUCCUACACUGGAGUGGAGGAUGUGCCCACACCCACAUGCAGCUCAGAGCCACAGAACGUUCAGGCCGAUACUCAGAAUGACACAACCAUCGUGGUGACGUGGGAGCGCCCCCGCAUAGUUUUCGACACCUCCAUCGACUGGUAUACCGUCACGUACCAGAGGCUUCAGGGCAGAGAUCAGAACAAACAGGAGUACAGGACCGAUGGAGACCAAGAUGUGGGUGCAAUUAUCUCCAGUCUGUUGGCCAACAGCAGCUACGUGGUUCAGGUGGUGGCUAUUUGCACCAACGGCCUCAAAGGACGAUGGAGCGAUCAGAUUAUAGUCGACAUGCCAUUAGAAAACCCUGAAAGUGAUCGCACCGCUGACACUGUGACAAAGGACGCUGAAAGCCACCGGGAGGUAUCAAAUGUAGCUGGAUUGAAGAGGCCAGAGAACCAAAAUCACCUGGAUUUGGCAUCAGAAGACCACAGUCCAGUGGAGGAAAUCACAGCUGAGCAGACAAGAGUUUACCAGAACCACCCUACCCUCCAUCAGAAACAGCCCACGGAUGAAACCCAAGCAAGCCAACACAUUCCAGUUCAGACUGGCAAACAAUUAACACUGAAGACACCAUCUGAAUCUGUGAAUCUAGAAAGAGCUCAACCAGACAAGAAUGUGGGAGAGACAUCAAACCAAAACAGGUGGAUCCCUCGUGGUAGUGACCAGAACUGGAUAGAGGAUGAUCAGCUUAUCCCAGCUCACUCGCCUAUUACAAGUCAAAGUUUUGACAGCACCAGUGCGAUGUGGGUUAACCGGAUAACUGAGGAGCCAGGCCUUCUGUUUCCAGUUGCCCGGACCACAAUCCCAUCACCAGUUCGUCGGCAAAUCACAGAAGAGGCAUCGCUGUCAGUCCUGUCACCUCAGCCAAUAGAUCGUGAUCCACCAGAACAAGCUAGUGAAAAUACCUUCCCUAAGUCUGACCUGUUCACCCCUCUAAUGGAGGACUUCCAGGUCACAGAUAUCUUCUAUGAAGACACAGUUACCAGCUCUCCACUGGAAAUCAUCACUCACCCUCCAACAGUAUCUGCUUCUGUGGUGCCAGGUAAUGAAGAGCACAAAGACUCACAGUCAAUACCUGAAGACCGCGGAGCCGCUGUAAACAAACCUCUGCAAAAAUCCAUUACCUCAGAUUCAGCCACCCCCACCUCAGAGUGGAUAACAGAAAACACGGCAACAGCAGGCAACACUCUUUCUGACUCGUUCUACAAAUCCUUCACCACCUCGUCUUUGCUCAGAGGGCUGAUGCACACCACUCAGCCCCUGUUCAAUGAGGGCAGCAACAGCAGCCACGAAUCACGGGUUGGCCUGGUUGAAGGCGUGGAGAAGGACAAGAGAACAGUUGUUCCUCUGGCUGUCGUCUCCACUCUCACCACUCUUUGUCUGCUGGUACUAGUGGGUAUACUCAUCUACUGGAGAAACUGUUCCCAGGCAACCAAUUUCUACCCGGAUGACCCCGCAUCACCUAAAGUCCUGUCUGUUCCCUCCACCCCCCUGCUACUUGCCACAGAUUGCCACGAGCCGCUGACGGUGAAGCAGUUUGUGAAGCAUGUCCUGGACCUCCACAGCACCAACACCUUCUCCAAGGAGUUUGAGAUUGUGAAAGAGUCGUAUGAGGAGGUGCAGGCUUGUACAGUUGACAUGGGCAUCACUGCCGACAGCUCAAAUCACCCCGACAACAAAAGCAAGAACCGCUACAUUAACAUACUGGCCUAUGACCACAGCAGAGUAAAGCUCUCCAACAGUUUGGACAGAGAUGGGAAGUGUGGGGACUACAUUAAUGCUAACUUUGUUGACGGUUAUGAGAGAACGAGGGCAUACAUCGCAGCUCAGGGGCCCCUGAAAGCAAGCAGAGAGGACUUCUGGAGGAUGAUCUGGCAGCAGAACGUUGGAGUUAUUGUCAUGAUCACCAAUCUGAAGGAGAAAGGACGUACAAAAUGUGACCAGUACUGGCCAGAAGAGAACCAAGAGGAAUACGGUUCCUACCAGGUUACUCUGAGAAGCACCAGGACUCUAGCUUACUACACACUGCGGGCUUUUACAGUCAGGGAUACAACAAAUAAGGUGCCACAAAAGAGAGUUGAACACACAGUCCUGCAUUACCACUACACCCAGUGGCCGGACAUGGGUGUCCCAGAAUACACUCUGCCUGUGCUGUCCUUCAUCAGAGCGUCAUCUCAGGCCCGGACGCAGGAGAUGGGACCCGUCCUGGUGCACUGCAGUGCUGGUGUAGGAAGAACAGGAACCUACAUAGCGAUAGACAGCAUGUUGCAGCAGAUCCAAGAUCAGGGAACGGUAAAUGUUCUUGGCUUCCUAAAACACGUACGGACACAGAGGAACUUCCUGGUUCAGACGGAGGAGCAGUACAUGUUCAUCCAUGAUGCUCUAGUGGAGGCCAUCCUGAGCCGGGACACAUCGGUCACCUCUGACCUUCUCCACAAUUACGUUUCUGACCUCCUGGUCCCAAGCGCCACAGGAAGAACGCGUAUGGACAAACAGUUUAAGCUGAUAAGUCAGCGCCAGGCAAAACAUGCAGACUACAGCACUGCCCUGAAGGACGGCAACGCUGAGAGGAACAGAGCACGAGCUCUGAUGCCUGUGGAGAGAUCAAGAGUCUCUCUGACAGCUUCAGAAACCAACUCCACAGGCUACAUCAACGCCUCCUAUGUUGCAGGACACCACUGUUGCAAAGAGUUCAUAGUGAGUCAGACUCCUCUGAGCAGCACAGUGGAGGAUUUCUGGAGAAUGAUCUGGGAACACAACACACACAUAGUUGUCUGUCUGCCAGACACACACAAUCAGAAUGAAAAGAAGGACUGCUGUGUCUACUGGCCCAGUAAAGACCUGCCAAUGAUCUUCAAUGGUUUCACUGUGUCUUACACGGGGGAGGAGCUUGUACAUUUGACAAAUGAUGAGAGACUUUUUGUUCAGGAUUUUACAAUGCAGUCUCCUCAGAAUGAUUGCAUCUUGCAUAUACGUCAGUUCAGCACCCCGUGCUGGCCUAAUCCAGACAGUCCCAUCAGAAACAGUUUUGACCUCAUCAGCAUCGUCAGAGAGUGCAGCAGACGCACACAAGAACCUGUAGUUGUACACGACCCUUUGGGAGGUGCUACAUCAGGACUGUUCUGUGCCCUCACCACCUUGUUCAACCAGCUAGAGGAGGAUGGAACAGUGGAUGUCUACAUGGUGGCACGGAUGACCAACCUCAUGAGGCCUGGGGUUUUUAAUGAUAUUGAGCAGUACCAGUAUCUGUACCGAGCCAUGCUGAGCCUGGUGAGCAGCCAUGAGGACCAGAGAGUCCUGCAAAGUCCAGAGACGAAUGGAUCUGUACCACUGGGACAGUCCAACAUCACAGAGAGCCUGGAGUCGCUCAUGUAGAUCUGCUCAAACUCUCACAUUUUGUGAAGGACUGUGUGAGAGGUUCAUGGCAGUGGAACGUGAGCAUCAUUAUGGAUUUUAAUCUCCAGUAUGCUCUUUAGCCAAUUGAUUUUGGUCAAUUUUAACAACUCGAGGACAAAACUCAAAUAGUAAUGCUCAUCAUAGGAAGAUCGAAAUACUUGAUCCACAUUGUGAAAACACCUAAAACACUAUUGGCCAUCUAACAUACUCAUUUUUCAUAUAAUGGAGACAUCCUUUACCAGAUCAGUAAACUUAGAAAGAACAAACUUAUCUGCCAGCUUUGGUAUUCUCAUGUCGAUGACUGUUUUUUUAUCCUAAGCUGAAAACACAACUCAGCAGUGCGUCAUAUGAUGAGCAUCUCACAUUUUCCCCAAGCACCUAUGGGAAGUGAUGACCUCACAAUUUUAUUGUUGAUUUUAACCAUGAAGUUUCUUCUCAUAGUUGCAGAUAAUAAAUUGAUAACUUGAAAUGUUUAAAUUUUGGUCAUGUAUAUGUCUUGGAAGCAGCGGAACAAAUGGCAUGGCUGAAUGACUCCCAUGUGGCAGAUAUCUGUGAUUAAGUACACUCUAAAGGUCCUGCAGUAUUUUAAUAUUUUUGAUUAUAGCAUUUACAUGUUUUAAUGGUACAAUGCAGGUCAGAGGUUAUGACAGCAGGUGUCAGAGUUGUAUUGUUUAAUUUAAUAAUGACUGUGAUCAAACUAGAAUUAAUAGUAGCCUAAUAUACAUAUAUAUAUAUAUAUAUAUUUAUAUAUAUAUAUAUAUAUAUAUAUAUAUAUAUAUAUAUAUAUAUAUGUAUAUAUAUAUAGAUAUGUAUAUGUUAUAUAAAAAGUUUGCAGGGACCUUGUGAUAUUGAAAUGCUGUGUGAGCGCAUCUACUCUUCAUUUUCUUCACCGGAUUAACCAAAAAAACAAUCCGUGAGCAUUUUUCUUUGGUCUUAGUAUGUUGGAGUAAGAAGUGAAAGUAUCGAAGAGGAAGCCAUGUUGUUUGAGUUCUCUAAAUGUUAAAGCUGCUGUCACACUGUUUCUUAUGCUGCUGCGUAUGUUUGCCGUACGCUGGUUUAAACAUGAAGAAUUGAAGGCCAUCUAAGAUGUAUGUUACAGGAUCAAAGGCUGCUGAAGCUUUGAUUACCCAAGGCCAUGUUACUCCAGACGCCAUUGAUAUAAAAGCAGAUAUGCAAUAAUUUGAGUUGGGUAUAAACCAAAACUAAAGAAAAAAGAGCCCCACCAGGAAAUGUAAUUCUUUGGUGAUAUUAUGUUGUUGGUUCCUCAUUUAAGAAUGUUUUUUGUAAAACACAGCACUUAUGGCCUUUACUGAGUGUUGUGAAAUGGAAGUAUGUAAGUGAAACCGUGACUUUUGCCAAACAUUUGAAGAAUUCAAAGGCGUUUCAGUGCUUGCUCACUUAUUUCAGGACCCACAGUUCCUUGAGGCUGCAUCAUUUCAAGUGACACUUGUGCACCUUUACUAAUCGGAGUCCAGAUAAAUACAUAUGAGAUCUGAAGUUGGUGUGAGAAGUCUAAAUUGUCUGGCCUGACCUUUGACCUGUAGUAAAAACUGCAGAUCGCAGGUGUCUUGUUAACCCAACAAUUGUAAACUUUCUACAUACAGAUUUACUACAUCUAAAAAAAAUAGUUUCUUUAAACAGCUGAUUCAUUAUGAUUGAUAAAGACCUUAGGAACAGAUUGAUCACCAAAAAGAGCUUUAGUACCUUACCUCUCUGAGACGGUUCUCUAUCUAAAGUGGAUGUUCCAGUGUACAAUGCCCCCUGUUUAAAUGUCUGGUUGUUAUGAUGUACAAUAUGACACAAUGAGAAAUAAUCUUAAAACAUCCACCUUUAAGUGGGCACACCCUCGCUCUAAAGUCACCCUUGAAGUUUAAUUCCAGCAUUCAGUCUUAUUUUACAGAAGCCUGUCAAGCAAAUCUUGGCUAGCUGUCAUGCAGGAAAAAUCUUUCAAGUUGUGAGGACAUCUGUUUCCUUGUUCAUAUCAACCCACAGACUAUGUCAGAUUAACUUCAGUACUCUAGUUAUGUUGUUUCAAAACUAUGUUUUUGUGAUGCAGACGGCUGUUAAUUCAAUUCAGAGCAGACUGCUAUUUAGAACCAUUCAUGAUUUCACCCUCCUGGACAAAAUGUCUGAAGAAGCAUGAUGAUGACACCGCCAUAUUUCACUGUAGAUAUGAAAUUCUUUCUGUUGUGUUGCUUUUGUGUCAAACUAACCAUUUGGAAUGGUGACCUAAAGUUCAAGCUCAGUUUCAUCGGACCAUAACACAUUCUUGCACGAGGUUUCCCUUCAAAGAAAAUGCUUCUGACUUCAACCCUCCUCCUCAUCCCAGAAAUAUGGAAAAUACAGCAGAACUCAAUCAGUACUGACCAGAGGUUCUUGGGAACUCCCCAAACCAUGACACAUCCACCUCCUUGCUACAGAGUUUGUGUGCGGUUCUUUUCCUGGAAUGUUGUAUUUGGUUAAUGACAAAAAUGUCCUUGGUUCUGGUGUCCAAAUAAUUCAACUUUAAGUUCAGAGAAUAUUAUUCUAGAGGUCCUGGUGUUUAUAUCUUUAUUGGAGAAUGAAGGAUUGCAAAUCUGUUUUCUCUCUUUAAGAGUUUCAGGUUUCUGAUAACCGACCGACGAUUUAGAAAUGAAGUACAAAUGAGAACAGAAUAGCUGAAUGACCCAAUAAGUUACAUAAAUAACAGCUGUUUAACAUUAGAUUAAAUGCAUUGUUUAUGAAGCAGCAGAUAUGAGAUCAGCUAAACUUUUUUUUUUGCUUAACAGCUGAUUUUGUUUACUUUGUCUCCUUGCCAGUGCCUUUUGGAAAUCACAUUAUUAUACUUUAAACCUCUUUUUGAUUUUUUAAAGAUAUACUCUGCUGUGAAUUCAUCUGCUGAAUAUUAAAAAGAAAUCCAAGCAGCACAAGUAGCAGCAAGAACCUGAGACCAAUUUUUUAUAUUUUCUCUAUGUAAGCAAAAAUACCUAAGAAUUCCAGCCGUUCCCUCAGAAACUUUCUACGACUUUUGUAGUUCUGUAAACGUGUCCGAAUGUGAUCCUCUCUGCCGUUCUCCAACAUCCACGAUCACUGAUCUUAAAAACAGCUCUGUUUCACUAGCAGGAAACUCUUUCUGCAUGUAAAUACCCCUUUCAAGGCCAAAUUACUGUAUGUUUAUACUGUAGCUUUAUAUAGUUUUCUAUUUUACUAUACAGCUGAUUUUUCUAGCCAUUUCCAAGAGAAUAUCUGUGGAAUCUAUUUGAUAAACAUAGCUAGAAAAUAUUGAUUAUGACCAUUGUUUUAAUUGAAUGUUCUGGAGUUUGUUUUUAUCUCUCUGAUUACUGUAGCUGCUUUAUGUCUUUAUCUUUACCGCCAGCUAAAAACUGGGCAAAUGUUUAUGUAAAACCAGAUAAAUAAAGAUUUGCUUCAAAAA